AAUAAAAUUAAUAGUGUUCUAGCUGCUUAUUUUCUCUCCAUUAUUCCUUUGAGCAAAACUUUGCACCCAGGAGAGAACAAAAUGUUGAGCUUGAAUAAGUUGGUAGAGCAACAUGAAGCUUCUUUAUUCUUAUCCACCAUCCUAGUCAUCUUCUUCAUAGCUCUGUUCAGAUCUCUCCUCUUAUGUCUUUCAAGAAAUAGAAGAAGAUUACCACCUUCUCCACUAAAACUCCCAAUUAUUGGAAACCUUCACAACAUCGGGUUGUACCCUCACCGCUCACUUUGGCACUUAGCUCAGCACUUCGGGCCACUCAUGCUGCUUCAUUUUGGUGCUGCGGAGGUACUUAUUGUGUCCUCCGCUGAUGGUGCCCAAGAGAUCAUGAAAACCCAUGAUAUCAUAUUUGCAAACAGGCCGAGAUCAAUAGCUUUCCAGAAGCUCCUGUACAAUUAUAAAGACAUUUCAUCUGCACCCUACGGGGAGUACUGGAGGCAAAUCAAAAGCAAAACAGUGCUACAUCUUCUGAGUAACAAAAGGAUCCAGUCCUUUUGUGCUGUGAGAGAAGAAGAAACAGCCUUAAUGAUUGAUGAGAUUGAAAGUGCUAGUUCUUCUUCUUUGCCCAUAAAUCUAAGUGAAAUUUUUGCAGAACUAACCAACAAUGUUGUGUGCAGAGUGGCUUUGGGAAAAAAAUAUGGAGGGGAAAGUGGAAGGAAGUUCUCGAAGCUUUUGAGUGAGUUUGUGGAGCUCUUGGGUGUUUUCAAUGUGGGGGACUUUAUUCCAUGGCUUGCUUGGGUGAGCCAUGUUAAUGGAAUGGAUGCUAGAAUGGACAAAGUGGCCAAAGAUUUUGAUGAUUUUUUAGAAGGAGUAGUCGAGGAGCAUAUGACUCAGCAAAAGAAAGGGCCAAAUAUUGACUCUGUUAAUGGUGAAGAGCAAAAGGAUUUUGUGGAUGUUUUGCUUUGGAUUCAAAGGGAAGACUUGGCUGGCUUCAAAAUUGAUAGAGUUAGCAUCAAGGCUGUUAUUCUGGAUACUUUUGCAGCCGGUACUGACACCACAUACACAUCCCUAGAAUGGGCAAUGACAGAACUCUUGAGGCACCCAAAUGUUAUGAAACAACUGCAAAAGGAGGUGAGAGAGAUUGCAGGUGAAAAAGCAGACAUAAAAGAGAAGGAUUUGGAGAAGUUGCAUUACUUGAAGGCUGUGAUCAAAGAGACUUUCCGUCUACACCCUCCAAUUCCCUUGUUAGUACCCAGAGAAUCAGCUCAAGAUGUUGAAGUAAUGGGCUACAACAUUGCAGCAGGAACUCGGGUUAUUGUGAAUGCUUGGGCAAUUGGAAGAGACCCCGUGUCAUGGGAACAACCAGAAGAAUUCAUUCCAGAGAGGUUUUUAAACAGCAGCAUAGAUUUCAAAGGGCAUGACUUCCAGUUAAUUCCUUUUGGGUCUGGAAGGCGGGGUUGUCCUGGUGUUCUCUUUGCUACAACAAUCAAUGAGCUUUUCUUAGCAAAUCUUGUGCACAAGUUUGAUUGGACUUUGCCCGGUGGAACAAAAGAAAAUGAUACAGAUAUGAGCGAAUCCAUUGGCCUCACCAUACACAGAAAAUUUCCUCUUAUUGCUAUUGCAAAUAAAUGUUCUUGCUAGUGUAAGACAUACUGUAUACGUACAUAUUUUAUGAAUUCAUAGAAAAUCAGCUUUGGAACAAUUAAGCACAGUUUGGAAUCAUUAUAUUUUUCUAAUGUCACUUUUAGAGUGCUUCUCUUAAAACAGUCAUAACCUUAGGAAUGUAAUUAAGUGCUAAAUUGAUA